GCCCCGGCGAGAGUUUUCGCAACUUGUCAGUCGUGGCCGCACAGCCAGCAGGGAAGCAGCCCUUGCCGCUCAUCCGCCUUCGCCCACGCACGCACGUGACGAUCCGAUUUGCACCUGCUCGUCUCACCCCGAUGUCGUCAUGCGCAUAAUUUGGCCAGCUCUACUCGGCCUCUUACCAGGUUUGCUGGCACUCAAUUUGCAAGGGCCUGUGUUCAUCCAGGAGCCGCCGUCCGCGGUCGACUUCUCCAACUCGACGGGCACGAUCCUGGGCUGCUCUGCCCUGGGCAACCCGCCACCGUCGGUGACCUGGCUGGACGCGUCCAACCGCGAGCUGCCCACCGUUAUCCGCUACAGGGAGGUGCUAAGCAACGGCAGCCUCUAUUUCCAACCCUUCCCUCCCGAGGAGUACAUCCCUGAGGUGCACGCAGCUUCCUACAGGUGCAGAGCCACAAACUCGGUGGGCUCCAUCGUCAGCCGUGAGUGCAGAGUCCGCGCAGACGUUUCUCAGACGUAUCAGCUGCAAGUGCAGAACGUGUUCGUGGUGCGCGGCAACUCGGCGGUGCUGAAAUGCUCCGUGCCAAACUUCAUGAAAGGCCUUGUCGUUGUCAGCUCGUGGAUGAAAGAAGAUCCGGUGCUAGGGCGAACUUCCAUUCACCCUGGAGGAAGGUUCACGAUCACCGCCGGCGGUGCCCUGCAGAUCAGGGACGUGCAAACCGAGGACGGAUACACCCGAUUCAUGUGCCAAGCCAUGCACAAACUCUCGGGCGAGCGGCGAGUCAGCAUGCCCGGCCAGCUCAUCGUCACAGAACCUGAUGGGAACCAGGCGCCGCGGACGGAGCAGUCAGCCUCCAGCAUUAACGUGCCUGUCAACACACCGGUCGAUCUGAUAUGUUCAGCCCGUGGAUUCCCGCCCCCGUCCUUUCGCUGGUACCGGGAGACGGGCCUGAUGCAGCAGGAAAUCAGCCUGGUGUCGCCUUUCAUUAGACCCAUGGGAAACGUGCUGCAGCUGCUGAGACCCCAAACAAGCGACUCCGGCCGCUACAUUUGUGUCGCCAACAAUCCGCUCGGGGAGGACAGGCGAGACAUGACGCUGACUGUGACGGCACCAUUGUCGGCCUACAUUCGGCCGCAGCAGCAAACUGUGGAUGCGGGAUCGUUGGCCAUGAUGAACUGCACAAUCGGUGGAGAUGCGGCUGGGCCUCUGGAGGUGGCCUGGUUCAAAGAUGGCCGACCUCUUAACAUGGGUGGCCGUCAUGCCUACACAGAAAGUGGCAAGGUGCUUACCAUCCACGGGGUGGCUCGAUCCGACAGGGGCAUGUACCAGUGCCUUGUCCGCGGCACCGAGGACAACGCUCAGGGUAGCUCAGAGCUAACGCUAGGAGCUGUCGCACCUGAGCUGCUCGGCACGUUUAUCGCUCAAACAAUCCAGCCAGGGCCUAGUGUGUCCCUGAGAUGUGCAGCGUCAGGGUCGCCGCACCCGCACAUCACCUGGCUACUGGAUGGGGCCGAACUGGGUGGCAGCAACGGCCUUGUGCUCAAUUCCUUCUUGGCCUCGGGCGGCGACGUCGUCAGCCACCUAAACAUCACCUCCGCCAGGGUGCACCACGGAGGGCUCUAUUCGUGCGUAGCUUCCAACUCAGCAGGGUCUACCUCGCACUCUGCUCCACUCAAUGUUUAUGGUCCUCCAUCAGCUCGACCGCCGCGAAAUUUGACCGUGGUCGCGGGAACGGACGUCUUCCUCCGCUGCCCCGUGGCAGGAUUUCCGAUUUCGAGCGUCACCUGGCGUCAGGGUGACCUGUCCUUGCCAGCCAAUCCUCGCCAGCGGGUCUUUCCUAAUGGAACUUUGCUCAUCAAAAACGUCGAAGGCAGUGUGGACAGUGGACAAUACUCUUGCGUAGUCUCAAAUACACAAGGACAGUCUGCACAAUCUAGCCUUGGGCUAGAUAUAAUGAAACCACCUGAAAUCGCGCCGUUCCAAUUCCCGGCCACCCUUCGCGAGGGCAUGCGUGCCCAGGUGUCAUGUAGCAUCAUCUCAGGUGACUUCCCCAUUUCGAUUUCGUGGCGGAAAGAUGGCACGCCACUCGCGCCGGAACCUGACGUCGCCGAGCAACAACACCAGUUUGUAAGCAACCUUUUGUUUAUGAACCUGGCUGCAAGACACUCUGGUCAAUACACCUGCAUCGCCAGCAAUGCAGCGGCCACUGCUAAUUUCACCGCCAGACUUGUAGUCAGAGUUGCUCCGAUGUGGGAGUUGGAGCCGAAGGAUACGUCCGUCCUUUACCAACACUCGGUUGUUCUCCACUGCCAAGCGAGUGGCUUUCCUCACCCGACAUCCACAUGGCUGCGGUCCAGAGGUUCGGCGUCAGACGAGUUUGUCCCUCUGCAGCCUGGGCCCCGUCAAUUCAUCGCCAACAAUGGCUCCAUUGUGAUCCACGCGGCCGACUCAUCUCAUCAGGGCCACUACAUGUGCCAGGCAAACAAUGGCAUCGGGCCUGGACUGAGCAAAUCAAUUUUCCUCCGCGUCAGUGUUCCAGCACACUUCAGCCAGAAAGUGGUGAACCAGAGCGUGGUGGCGGGCGAGACGACGGUGCUAGUGUGUCCGGCGGUGGGGGACGCACCCCUGCGCGUCACGUGGGUGCUGGGUCCACGGUCGCUGUCCAUGGGGCAGGUGCGCGAGGUUUCCACCUCCGGAGGCGGCGUGGCAGCAGAGCUGCAUCUUACUGGUCUCUCGCGCCGCGACACCGGCGCCUACCGCUGCGUCGCCAGCAACGAGUUCGGCCAGGAUGAACUCACCCUCUACUUAAACGUCAAGGAGCCACCAGAAUCGCCAAACGGAAUAGUUUUGCAAGAAGCUCUGAGCAGGUCGAUUACUAUCGGAUGGUCUGCUCCAUAUUCAGGACACGCAGCAAUUUCGCAUUAUGUAGUUCAGUAUAGAGAGCAGCAGACAACCCUUCCAGCAAGCAGUGGCAUUCCGAUGUCGCCGGAGAGCGUGUGGCAAAAUGCGACGGUGGGCAGUGAGGCACGCAGCGCGCGGAUCUCUGGCCUGCGGCCGGCCACGGCCUACUUGCUGCGCGUGAUGGCCGUCAACGAGGUGGGCCUCGGCGCGCCCAGCCACCCGGCCCUGCUAGCGCUCACCACGCAAGAGGCGCCGAGCGGACCACCUGUCGACGUGUCGGCCGAGUCGAGCUCGCCCGACAGCUUACAAGUCAGAUGGAAGCCGCCCGCAUCCAGCUACUCGAACGGCGAAAUUCUGGGCUAUCAAGUGGCUUAUAAAGAGGUGUCGGCGCUGGGUGAGUCGCCGGCGCAGCUGAGGAGGGUGCGCGGCCGCAACCGUCUCGAGAUCAACCUUGCCGACCUCAAGCAGUUCACCAGGUAUCAGAUUACCGUCAGGGCUUUCAACCAAGUUGGACACGGGCCCUCGUCGGCGCCGCUCAUUGUCACCACAAAGCAGGGUGUUCCCGAUGCGGCGCCAACAAACUUUCGCUGCAAGAUGCAGUCAUCGCAAAGCAUUUGGACGCGAUGGGAUCCUCCCCCAGUUGAAAUGCGUAAUGGCAUCGUCGAAGGUUACAAAGUGUUUUACCAGCUCGUGUCGUCAGCAAAUAAUGACGUGAGUUCAGAAGUGGAGGUGAAGAAAACGACGAAUCUGGAGACGAGCAUCCAUGGGCUGGCGUUCUACGGCAACUACAGCUUGCGCGUGGCCGCACACACUGCGCUCGGUGACGGUGUGCGCUCGCCGCCUAUUUUUUGCACCACCGAUGAGGAUGUGCCUGGCCCGCCUGAACAAAUAAAAGCUGUUUCCAUGACCUCGGAGAGCAUUCUGGUUACUUGGGCGAGACCAGCUCGCCCGAAUGGAAUCAUCACACGCUACCACGUCUACAUAAACGCUAUCCAGCAAAGUGGGCCAAAGGAAGUAAUCAAAGAGGUAGUUUUCGGCGACCGCGACCCGACAUUUGAAGCCAGACGCUUGAAGGAAUUCAGCACCUACGAAUUCUGGGUUACGGCUUCAACGAGGGUGGGCGAAGGACAACCGAGUGCUAAAGUCACGCAAUCACCUGUUCUCAGAGUCCCAGCUCGCGUAGCAGGUUUCACCAAAAAAUUGGUGGUCAACCUGGGCCAGUCUCUGAGCAUGAGUUGCAUCACCGUGGGACUUCCUGCUCCCGAAAAGGUUUGGAAGUUCCAGUCACGCACAGUCAGCCAAUCGGACAGCAACAUCCAAAUUCUACCAGACAACAGUCUUUCUUUGGCAUCCGUUAGCAUUUCUGACCAAGGCAACUACACUUGUCACGUGGAAAACGUAUACGGCAAGGAUGAGGUUCAUUAUGAGGUGAUAGUUCGCGUGGUGCCCGCCAUUCCAACAAUGAACGUUUUGGCCGCUGCCGCCAACAGCCUCACUGUUCAGUGGAGACUAACCGAUGACGGAGGAAGUCCAAUAACAGGGUUUGUGAUCCACUACAAGAAAGAUAAUGCCGUUGAGUGGCAGCACCAGAUGAUCGACGCAGACAGACGAAACUUCGUGCUAGGCAAGUUGUCCUGCGGCACCCCAUACAACCUUCACGUCUCGGCUAUCAACAAGGUUGGCAAGGGCAAACACAGCCAGACGGUUUCCGUCUCUACCAAAGGCUCAGCUCCAAGAGCGCCAAGUCAGGAGGAGUUCCUCGAGGCCAACUCAACCUGCGUCACACUGUUCUUGGACUCGUGGACCAGCGGAGGCUGUGCCAUCAACUACUUCACGGUGGAGCUGCGAGAAGCUCGUCAAGGUGUGCCAUGGACCCUGAUCUCCAGUAAGAUCUCACCAGACCAAGGUGAGGUCACACUUAGAGACCUUCAUCCGUCCAGGUGGUACUAUGUUCGAGUCGGAGCGCAGAGUGAUGCAGGUGGAGUGCAGCAUGAAUACAUCUUCGCCACCAGAAACUCGAUGGAAGAAAUCGUGAUGCCUGACCUGGAGCCGCAAAAACCUGGCUCGCAGCAUUCCGUGUCUUUCACGGACCCGACCGUGAUCGUGCCUAUAAUUUCCGGGCUUAUUUGCACCGCCGCCGUGGCCGUGUGUGUCUGCAUCAUCGUGCGGCGAAGGCAAUACGAGGGCUACCAGCAGAGUUCAAGCAGCAGCACAAGUGUGACGACAGCCGAGCAGAAUAGAUAUCUGGGCAAGACUUUGCUAAUGGAGAUGGAAAACAAGCGCAACUCGGACCAGCAGCAGCACCACCGGGGCCAGCUGUACUCGCCGAGUCCAGCACGUAAGGCCGCCGAUUCUUCCCUGAGCUGUCACAAAGGCAGCGAUACCACUUCCGCUCAAGACUACGAAAUCUGUCCGUACGCAACGUUUAGCCUGAACACGGCGGCAGCGCAGAAUAACGGCCACCAGACCAUGGAUUACUGCAUGCAGUUCCAGACGUUCAGCCAACAGGAGUGCUAUGCCGGCCAGCCGAGUGGCUCGUCAGCAGCCGCUGCGGUGGCCAGCGGUGGCUACAAGCAGCAGGCAGCGGCUGGCAGCAAGGAGUACUACUCGCGCGUGCGGCGCAAGUCCAACGGCCGCAUCGUGAGCAACGUGCCCGGCGAGCCAGCCUGCUUACCAAAACGUACAUCCAAUAGCCCUCCAGAUGGUCUCAGUUUAGAAAUCUCUUGCAUAUCGAGUCAGCAGACGCUACCACUUAGCAGCACAACUGGCGUGUCCAGCUCAAAUGGGGGCCGCAGUCGCCAGAGCAGACACUCGCCGCCGCCCCUUGGACGGCCGAGAAGCUGCGCUAUGGCAGACAGCGCGGACUCAGACAGCAGUGCCAGCAGAGUUAACGCUAACUUCAGCUCCAGAUCCACAUAUCAUUUGCACGGACAAAAACAAGACAAAAUGUACGAGCGGGAUUCAAGCACUGAGUCGGCUGAAGCGUCGCCCGAAGUGACGCACAGGUCUCGCAGAUGUGAAGGGCCAACCAGCCCUGUGCUUUCAGGCGGCCCAGCGGAGGACCAGUGGGCCUCGGCCAGGACCCCCUCCAGCCGCCCUCGGGCUUUUCAGACUCCCACGAGCUGUCCGAGGCCGAGUGCGACCGGGUGGAGCGCGCCAGGCCCAGCAGGCUGGAAAACCCCCAACUGCCAGGACUACCCCUUUUCAGGCACGAACAACUCGAGCAGGAACUCGUUUCUUUAGUUAAAAGAUAUAGACAAGAAAGAGACAAGGAGAAGCAGGAUUACACCAUCCACGUUUGAAUAGACUGAUCAAAGAGUUGACUGCAUGAAGGACAUUUUAUUUUUAUUUUCUCACGCAGCUAUCACCGUGGAAAUAUCCACGUGGAAUUAUUAAUUAAUAUCAAUAUUUGAAUUUGUCUACGAAAAAACAAUGUUCAAUGUAAGGUGUUUCCACAAAAUACAUUUCCUGGUCGCAUGCAUCUCUCCUACACAACCGCCUACCCACUCUUUGUAAAUGAUUAAAAUUAUUACCCAUUUGUGAUUUAUUAUCAGUGAUAAAAUGUCAUCAAAAGAACCUGCAUGAAAGUUUAAGAGUGCUUCAUAAAACUAUAUGGAAGAGAAAACUGUCGAAAUGUUACAAUUACUAUGACUGGAAAAAAGUUUCAAUGAGAGUUUUUAUUAAAUCUCCCUUUUUAUGUGAAAA